AUGGAUGGAUGGGAAAAAAUGACCUUCCAUACCUUGCUUUCAGAGUAGUGGGGUUAGUGUGUGAUACUGCGACGGAGAUCUGGCAACCCUGUGCUAAACUCCACUGAGAAAGAUUUGUGUUUGCGUUACGCGGCGUUUAUAAAGCCGUGAGCGCCCCGGGGUGAAAUGCGGAGUUACACCGAGUCAGUUUGAUGAAACAUGGCGCGUUACUCGCCAUUCCCCACAAACCUCGACCCAGUGAGAAGGUUACCGGUGAAGACGGCAGUUGCUGUGCUGGUCACGGUGGUGUUUUUUAAGUGUUUCUUCUCGUGCCCGUGUGCGGGUCCUGAGGAGACCGCGGUGCACUGCUGGCUCUUCCUGCUGCUUCCGGUCGGGGUUCUGUUCUGCAGCCUCAGCCUGGUGGACGCGCGGCUGCUCAGACUGGCGCAGUGCUAUGUGUGCAGGUGCUGUGUGCGGGCAGAGAGCCGGUGCUGUGCUGCAGGCUGCUGUGACAGUGUGGAGUGCUGCUGCUGUGCUGGAGGUUACUGUUACAGACCCACGCACAGCUGCGGGGAGGAGACGCGCUCCUGCUGCGGCGCUGUCGCGGAUUAUCUCCUGCGGGUUUUCUGCGCCUCGGCGCUGUGGCUGGUGGCGGCGCUGAUCGACGGGGACUGGUACAUCUGCAUCCGCACAGUGACCGUCAACGGAACCGGACCGCAGCAGAUCGCCUGCAAGGAUCCGCUAAGUCCACAAGAAGCACAAACCCUGAGGAAAUACAGCAGCGAGUCUCGGAUUAUUGCUUUGAUCAUCAUCCUGGGUCUUUCCUUCCUGCUGGCAGUGCGUACCGUUAUCAUGAGCAGGUGGAAACCAUACUACAAGUUGGUGUUUGAGGCGUACGUGGAGCAGGAGACGACAGCCAUGCUGGACGAGAAGCUGCAUGAGCAGGCUGUGGAAAGAGCACAGCUUCUCAGUGACAGUGUGUUACGCUGCGUUCACGGUCGGCAUGAGAACAGCGGACAGGGAGAGGGGCACGUUCAAUAUCAACCACUAACAGAGACCGAGGAGAACAUGUGGAGGAACAUAUCACACCCAGCUUUCCACCUGCAGGGAGUGACGAUCCCUUACUGAGUUAUUCACUCAUCCAGGGAAUUGUGAGCGUCUUAUAUGAAGAUCUUUCGAUGUGUGGGGAAAAUGUGCUCAAGAUUAAAACAAGUCCAACUGCCUACAUUAACUCUUCACAGUAAUAAACAAACUACACCCACUCCAGUGAAAGGAACCUGUUACUAACAAGCAUGGCGUCUUUAUUGUUCAAAAAAUGAUUGAACUCCACUCCAGGUAUGGACGUGUGGCUCCGCUUGUGAUUUUUAAGAACUAUUUUAAAAGUUUGCUUAUUAUUUUCUUAUUCAACAGAAACAACUAUUUAAAUGAAA